AUGAAUUCUCCAGACACCAUCCAAUCCCGACCAUACCCCGGCAAUCACGAGACGGCAGAUUCCAUCGUGUCUGCUUGGAAUCCUGCACAACUAGGAGACCAGAGCCAGUCACAGCAGCAGACACAAGAUGCCACCCAGCCUCGCAUUCAGGCACUUCCACGUCGGGUCUGCAUGGCAUGUCGUCGUCGAAAGGUUGGAUGCGAUAAGAAGCAGCCAUGUCAUAAUUGCAAGAAGUUCGGCGCCGAAUGCGUUUAUCCAUCUGACAGCGCGUCGGCUGGGCGCCAGAUGUUGACCGAUUCCCAACUUUGGGAACAGCUCCAUCGCCUGGAGCCCAUGUUCAAGACGCUGGCCGAUUGUGUACAACAAGGAUCUUUCUUGCCUUUCUCUUCCAUUUCAUCUUCGUCUACCACAGCUCGCGACACCAAUCUUUCCACCGACGUAUCUUCGGCCCAAGCUCAAGAGCAGCGGCCAGGGACCGUGGCUGAGCAUCCAUCUCCGGCGCCCCCGACGCCGCCCUAUUCUGUAGGAUCUACAGGUGCCGUCCAUCGUGAGAAGCAGGUACCAGCGACUACGCUCAGUGCGCCGAAUAAUGCAAAUGUCUUGACUGGACAAUCGCCACCGAGAGAAGCAGAGUCCCUAGCCAGCACCUCUUCCAGUACUCAUGCAUCUAGAAUGAAUGGGGAUAAGGUUGAGGCCGAAUCGAAUCUAUCUUGGUCACCGUACGGAGUCUCGACGGGCAAGUUGGUCAAGGAUGAUGGUCGGGAUAGAUACGUGAGUGGAACCUUUUGGGAAGCCUUGCAUACCGAGGACGACAUGAGUGACGGUAUAAUGAGCGAAGAAGAAUCGGAUUACGAGGACACGCGCGCAGCCUUGGCACCAAAUAUCUCACAGUAUUCUUUCAUCUUCAGUACCAGCACUCGAGAGACGGAGAGUCCUUCAUCACACCCACCACAACAUCACAGACUCAAGGCCUGGAACCUUUUCAAGUCAAACAUUCACCCCGUGGCUACUGUUUUACAUAUACCGUCUGUCGAACAGAUGGUGCUGGGCGCCAUACAAAACCCGAAAGACCUAGCUCCCAAUGUGGAAGCAUUGAUGUUUGUCAUUUACUUUGGCGCCGUGAACAGUUUGCCAGAGGAUGACACCCCACUCCAGUUUGGAGAGGAGCAGUCGGUGUUACUGGCUAGAUUUAGGCGCGACGCAGACGCGGCGUUUACCCGAUCUAGAUUGAUGGAAACGGACGACAUGCUCACCCUCCAAACGUUUGUUGUCUAUCUGAUUCUACUUCGUUGCCGCGACCCCACGUACUCUUGGACUAUGACAGGCUUGGCUGUCCGAUUAUCACAGUCUCUCGGCAUGCACCGAGAUGGAAGCACACUUAAUUUACCGCCGUUCGAAGCAGAGAUGCGCCGUCGUCUUUGGUGGAACCUAUGCGUUCUAGAUACUCCAGCGUCGGAGGACUAUUCGUGUUCCUCUGGACUCUUAGAGCUCAGUAGCUUUAACUCUAGGCGGCCAAUGAAUGUGAACGACUCCGCUUUGUAUCCGGGCAUGACAGAAUACCCAAGGGAACAAGAUGGCAUCACAGACAUGUCUUUCACAGCUGCUCGCUGCUGGGCGUCAAAUUUGUGGCGGACCAUGAUUGACACACGCCACCUGGACUCAGAUACAGGAUUAAGCUUCGCGUCAAUGACAACCGCUGAUAAAGAAGCGUGGGUUGAGAAGCAGCGAAAGAUCAUAUAUGCUCGCUUUCCUGAAGACCCAACAUCUCGGGAGCCUCUUUACUGUCUUACAAUGUCCUUUAUCGGAACCAUCAUUGCCAAUCUUCGAAUCAUGGUGCUCAACCCGUUAGGUACUGGAGUAUCUUUAACCGAGGAACAAAAGCGCCACGUCUUCCAGGGGGCCAUGGAGUGCAUGGUGCAUUCGUACAGACUACGGACUGACCCUUUGCUGGCAAAUUGGUCAUGGCUGACGAAGUGCUACAAUGAGUGGCAUGCGUUUGCCAUCAUAUUGUCUGAACUUUGCAACCAGCCGUUGAGUAGGGACGCCGAUAAGGCCUGGAGAGUCGUAGAACAGAGUGCGGUGCUCCGCUGGGACUCUUCAACGAAGCAUAGUCGAGUGCACCAGUGGCGCUCUGUCAUGAAAACCAUCGAGAUAGCUCGGAGACGAAGAAAGAACGGAAUGAGGCGUCGGAAGUCGUCAUCUCUGUCAGCCAAGCAUUCUAACCCUGCUGCAUACAGAGGAGGAGACUCCACCAUUGGAGGGCCGACAAGGGCAGGGGGUUUCUCGACAAGGCAAAACUCCAUCUACACACAAGGCAACCAAGCUCCGCUGGAGACGUUCUCCAAUACUGGCCCGCAUUUGCAGGAGUUUCAAAGUGCGAUGUCUCAGGCCGACCAGAUGAUGAGGCAGUUGGAAGAAGCUGAUGACAUGUGCGACUUCACUAGCGAAGAUGGCAGAUUAUAUUUCGCUGAGAGCUAA